AUGACAAUUACGCCGGCCGUUCGCAUUUCCGAUCAGAAAUUGAUCGUGAAGGACCGGACGAUCCUAACAAAUGUGCCAGAAAAUGUGAUCACCACUUCCGGCACGACAACCGGUCCAGUGGAAGGUGUGUUCGUCGGUGCGAUGUUUGAUGGAGAUAACAGCAAACAUGUGGUGUCCCUCGGUACGUUACGUGACGUACGGUUCAUGGCAUGUUUCAGGUUCAAGCUAUGGUGGAUGGCUCAGAGAAUGGGAGAUCAAGGACGUGACAUACCACUAGAGACACAGUUCUUACUCGUUGAAACCCAAGAUGGGUCUCACCUAGAAUACGAUAAUGGAGAUGAAGAGAAUCAGAUUGUUUAUACUGUGUUUCUUCCUCUAAUUGAAAGCCCAUUUCGAGCAUGUCUUCAGGGAAAUUCACAAGACGAGCUCGAGCUUUGUCUUGAGAGUGGUGAUUCAGAGACAAUGGCGUCGGCGUUUACUCAUUCGGUGUAUGUUCAUGCUGGGACAGACCCGUUUGGGACCAUCACAGACGCCAUUAGAGCUGUGAAGUUUCAUCUCAAGACUUUCAGGCAACGCCCUGAAAAGAAGUUGCCCGGAAUUGUAGACUAUUUUGGGUGGUGCACAUGGGAUGCUUUUCAUCAGGAAGUGACUCAGGAGAGUGUUGAGGCCAGUCUCCAGAGUCUCGCCGCCGGUGGGACACCGCCUAAGUUCGUGAUCAUUGAUGAUGGGUGGCAGUCUGUCGGCGGUGACCCAACUCAGCAACCACCACAACAGCCACCGUUAAUGAGAUUGACAGGGAUUAAAGAAAAUUCCAAGUUUCAGAACAAGGAGGACCCAACAAUGGGGAUCAAGAACAUAGUCAACAUUGCCAAAGAAAAGCAUGGGUUGAAGUAUGUGUAUGUGUGGCACGCUAUUACUGGCUACUGGGGUGGGUUCAGGCCAGGGGUGAAGGACAUGGAGGAAUAUGGGUCGUUGAUGAAGUAUCCAGCGGUGUCAAAGGGGGUGCUAGAGAAUGAGCCAACGUGGAAGAAUGAUGCAAUUGCAGUGCAGGGUUUGGGGCUGGUGAACCCGAAGAAUGUGUACAAGUUUUACAGUGAGUUGCAUAGUUACUUGGCCUCUGCUGGUAUAGAUUGGGUUAAGGUGGAUGUGCAGUGUGUGUUGGAGACUCUUGGGGGUGGUCUGGGUGGUAGGGUUGAGCUGACCAGACUGUGUCAUCAAGCUCUUGAUGCUUCAGUUUCUAGGAAUUUUCCAGAUAAUGGGUGCAUUGCUUGCAUGAGCCACAAUACUGAUGCACUUUACUGCUCCAAACAAACGGCUAUCGUUAGAGCAUCAGAUGAUUUCUAUCUGCGUGAUCCCGUGUCACACACCAUCCACAUAGCCGCAGUUGCAUACAAUAGUGUCUUCCUUGGAGAAUUUAUGCAGCCUGAUUGGGAUAUGUUCCACUCCCUCCAUCCAGCGGCUGAGUACCAUGGAUCAGCUAGGGCGAUCAGCGGUGGUCCCCUUUACGUAAGUGAUGCACCUGGGAAGCACAAUUUUGAUCUCCUAAAGAAACUUGUUCUGCCAGACGGUUCAAUUCUCCAAGCACGCUUGCCUGGUCGGCCUACCAAGGAUUGCCUAUUCUUCGACCCUGCUCGUGAUGGUGUUAGCCUGUUGAAGAUUUGGAACAUGAACAAGUACACUGGAGUGUACAACUGCCAAGGUGCAGCAUGGAACAGCGUUGAGAGAAAGAACACUUUCCACCAAACUAAAUCUGAAGCUAUAUCAGGCUAUGUUAGAGGCCGAGAUGUCCAUCUCAUUGCUGAAGUUGCCAUGGACUCCAACUGGAAUGGUGACUGUGCUGUCUACUGUCACCGGAGUGCAUCAGAUGAUUUCUAUCUGCGUGAUCCCGUGUCACACACCAUCCACAUAGCCGCAGUUGCAUACAAUAGUGUCUUCCUUGGAGAAUUUAUGCAGCCUGAUUGGGAUAUGUUCCACUCCCUCCAUCCAGCGGCUGAGUACCAUGGAUCAGCUAGGGCGAUCAGCGGUGGUCCCCUUUACGUAAGUGAUGCACCUGGGAAGCACAAUUUUGAUCUCCUAAAGAAACUUGUUCUGCCAGACGGUUCAAUUCUCCAAGCACGCUUGCCUGGUCGGCCUACCAAGGAUUGCCUAUUCUUCGACCCUGCUCGUGAUGGUGUUAGCCUGUUGAAGAUUUGGAACAUGAACAAGUACAGUGGAGUGCUUGGAGUGUACAACUGCCAAGGUGCAGCAUGGAACAGCGUUGAGAGAAAGAACACAUUCCACCAAACUAAAUCUGAAGCUAUAUCAGGCUAUGUUAGAGGCCGAGAUGUCCAUCUCAUUGCUGAAGUUGCCAUGGACUCCAACUGGAAUGGUGACUGUGCUGUCUACUGUCACCGGAGUGGUGAGGUUGUUACUCGGCCUUACAAUGCUUCCAUGCCCGUGUCCCUCAAGCUCCUUGAGUACUNCAUGGACUCCAACUGGAAUGGUGACUGUGCUGUCUACUGUCACCGGAGUGGUGAGGUGGUUACUCGACCUUACAAUGCUUCCAUGCCCGUGUCCCUCAAGGUCCUUGAGCACGACAUUUUCACCGUUACCCCAAUCAAGGUCUUGACACCUGGGUUCAGCUUUGCGCCAUUGGGGCUCAUUGACAUGUUCAAUGCUGGUGGAGCCAUUGAGGCACUUAGAUAUGAAGCUCAUGGUGGUGCCCUGUUGUCAGAACUAAAAAAUGGAUAUGAAGGGGAAGGCAGUGGUGUUGCAAGCAAGAGGGUUGAGAACUUGAGCACAGAAGUAGUGGCAAUAGUUUCAAUGGAGGUUAAAGGGUGUGGCCGUUUUGGUGCUUACUCAUCGGCUAAGCCAAGGAAGUGCAUGGUGGGAUCAGGGUGGCAGACUUUGCAUAUGAUUCAGAGUCCGGAUUGGUGA